AUGGCUAGUAACCGACCACGACAGGAAUUAAUAGCGGAACUGGUUGAAUUGGGCCGAACAGCUGCAAUGGUUGAAACGACUCUACCGAACGACAAAGUAGACGAAACUCUGCGGGCCGUUCGACUAAGGUUGGCGCUCUGUGGACCAAAUCCAUCCGAAGAGCUGAUUACCCAAGUCUUAAAUGCAGUGGAAGCAGAGGCUAGGAACACCAACUACGGCUAG